UUGGCCUGCCUUUGGCCCACCGUGGUGGGGGCCGAUCAAUAGCAGUCCUACCCCACAGCACGGCGCAGUCAGCGAGGCGCGCCCUGGCCAGGCCCUGGCCUCCUCCAUGAAGCUCCUCGCCCCGGACUCCAUCUGAACGCGGUGUCGGCCGUCGUCGGCCCGCUGCAGCGGCUGCAGUCAUGGCCGAGGACAGUGGCAAGGACGGGGACAGCCUCGAGUACUACAUCAAGUUCCCCACGCCCUCCUCGGAGCAGCCCUCGUCGCUGACCAGCGGCAGUGUGGUGGACGACUUCGUGCUGGUGCAGAACGAGGCCCUGUCCAAGCCGCCGGCCGUCAUCCUGCUAGGCUGGGCGGGCUGCCAGGACAAGCACCUCGCCAAGUACGGCACCAUCUACUCCGAGAAAGGGUGUGUGACGCUGCGAUGCACGGCGCCGCUCGAGUGCCUGUUCCUGCGGCGCGGCAAGAUGCGCGACCUGGGCAAGCGGCUGCUGGAUGAGCUCAUGGACCUCAACCUCAACGAGCACCCCAUCUUCUUCCACGUGUUCAGCAACGGCGGCGCCUACCUGUUCAAGCACGUGGCCAUGGCCAUGCAGGAGAGGGCCUCGCCGAUCAAGGUGCUGGGCGUGAUCUGGGACUCGGCGCCCGGCGAGCGCCGCUUCCGCUCCAUGUACCUGGCCCUGAAGGCCAUCCUGGAGGCGCGCUGGCCGUGCCUGGGGCCGGGCCCCGGGCUGUGCAUCGGCUCGUGGCCGCUGCUGUGGCCGGGGCUGGGCGCGCCGCUGGCCGUGGCGCUGGCCCUGGUCAUGACGGCCUGGUGGCUGGCCGAGGUGCUGGUGCAGGCGCUGGCGUCGCUGCGGCCGCAGCCCCUGGACCCGCUGGCCGAGCUGGACAGCAUCCCCACCGCCUACACCGGGGCGCACCUGUUCCUCUACUCCCCGGCGGACAAGCUGAUCCUCGCCAAGGAUGUGGAGCGCUUCGCCAGCCACCGGCGCGCGCUCGGGGAGCUGGUGACGGCCGUGCGCUUCGAGGACUCGGCCCACGUGCAGCACUACCCCGCGCACCGGGAGGCCUACGCCGAGGCCAUCUACGCCUUCAUGAGGGACGCGCUCAGCGGACGCAGGCCGUCGCCCACCUAGCCGAGCAUGCCGGGGGCGAGCAGCGCGCAGAGCGUGCAGCCUUGCGAGUCGGCCGACAUCGUGACGUGGCUUGCGGACGGCCCCCGGGUUGGGCUCUGGCCCUGGGAGGGAAGACCGUCUGGGGACGCGCCUCGGGAAGUGCCUCCCCUCGCCUCGCCGUGCCGGUCCCUGCCGCCCUGCCCUUCUCUGCCCUACCGUGGACCCUUGCCCGAACCUCGUCCGACGCUCCUGCCCUGCUCCGGCUCGGCUCCUGCCCCCCACUGAAAAAUCAUUGUGUCCUUCGGAACCAGCAAUUUCUGCGUUUGCCAAAGUAGCUUAGGACUUUUCGUCAUUUUCCUUAUCCCCCUGAUUUAUUGGUUGUGAAAUUUUCCCUUUUUUGGACUAUCUCCGAGAGUUUUUUCCUUUUUUUUCUGACAAUCAUUUUCCACAUUUUAUACAUUUUUGAAUGCAUCAAUCCGUGCAGUCGACCCUCUCCCAAACCCACCCCUGGAAAUUAAAAAUUCCUUCUGUCCGGAUCGCUAUUUUGUCCUUAGCUUCCAUCUUCCUUAAAUCCAUGCGAGCACUUAAUGCCCUCAAUCACUAGAUUUUGAGAUACUGAGCAAUGAGAUAUGAGCAAUCUUUUUAAUGUCUGGGCAUUUACUUUUUGUUUUGAUUUGGAAAACGGAAGGAGAGAGUAGCAUUAGCAGGAAUGUUUGACUCACUUGACAUUUUUUUAGCCCCCCAAGGGUAUUGUUCUUGGUAUCUUAAGUUGACGGGAGUUUUGUGAUAUUUAUUUUGUAGAACACUAGAAUACGUGAAACGAGUGUAUUGAAUAGUUCACGAAAGUUCUUAUUUUUCUGUGAUUCUUUUUGAGUCGUCCGAGUCCGAGAUGCUUGAGUGUGUUUCCUGAUUUUAUUUCGCCUUUUGUGGUAGAUUCAGGAAGGUUAAAAGUUAACACUGUGAUACCUGUUGUUGGAAAAAAUGAAAGCACAAAGCCAGCCUAACACAGAAAGGCCAAAUGUUACGUUAUCUUCCCUUAUGGUGUGGUAAACUCUUUCCAUGCAAUUCAUUUAUAGGAAGUUGCAACCAAUCGUUAUUAAACCAGUCUCCAUUUUAGCUUCCGACUGUUUCAUGUUUAGAGACUAAAUAUUUUUUUCCUAUCAUAGAUAGUGGCACUUGCAGUGAGUUACAAUGAUUUACCGAGGUCACGCGGUCGACUUGAGCCUUUUCCCAGAUCGGGCGUUGAAGAGAUUUUAGGUUGCAUUGUACAGUCACGAAAAUGUAUUUAGGCGUGAAUAAAGCAAGUUGAUGUUGUCCGUUCA